GCAGCAGCAGCCGCACGGCCGUCUGGAUCUCCCGCGACGUGAUGGUCGAGCGCUUGUUGUAGUGCGCCAGGCGCGACGCCUCGCCGGCGAUGCGCUCGAAGAUGUCGUUGACGAACGAGUUCAUGAUGCCCAUGGCCUUGGACGAGAUGCCCGUGUCGGGGUGCACCUGCUUCAGCACCUUGUACACGUAGAUCGAGUAGCUCUCCUUGCGGCUCUUCUUGCGCUUCUUGUCGCCCUUCUUCUGGGUCUUGGUGACCGCCUUCUUCGAGCCCUUCUUGGGGGCGGGGGCGGACUUGGCAGGCUCGGGCAUAGCGGCAAAAAGAAGUCACACAGCAACAAACACCAACACGAGAACGAAAAGCCGAAUGGGAAGGAAAUGGUCGUAGCCCAUUUAUUUAUAGCUCCUCUAUGCAAAUGAGAGGUAUCCUUUUCGCACUCUUUCAUUGGUCAGUCCUCGAGAACACCCCUUUCCUCCUCUAUAACUGUUUUUCAUUGGUUCCAAUUCGAUUCGCCUUCUCAUUGGCUGCCCACAACGGACCCAGACGUCAGCCUAUCAGCGCAGAGGCGAGGAGCCUAAGCAAGAGCGUAGCCGAGUUCCGUCGGUCUCGCUGUGUUCCUCGCUCGGUUGUGGUCCGAGCCUUCAGCCGCUGCGAUGUCUGGCCGCGGGAAACAGGGCGGGAAGGCACGCGCCAAGGCCAAAUCGCGCUCAUCGCGGGCCGGGCUGCAGUUCCCCGUGGGCCGCGUGCACCGGUUGCUGCGCAAGGGCAACUACGCGGAGCGGGUGGGCGCCGGCGCCCCGGUGUACCUGGCGGCCGUGCUGGAGUACCUGACGGCCGAGAUCCUGGAGCUGGCGGGCAACGCGGCCCGCGACAACAAGAAGACGCGCAUCAUCCCCCGCCACUUGCAGCUGGCCAUCCGCAACGACGAGGAGCUCAACAAGCUGCUGGGCAAGGUCACCAUCGCGCAGGGUGGAGUGCUGCCCAACAUCCAGGCCGUGCUGCUGCCCAAGAAGACCGACAGCCACAAGGCUAAGGCCAAGUGAGUACCGCAGAGGCAGCACGGUCUGGAGAGAACAACCCAAAGGCUCUUUUCAGAGCCACCCACAGCAUCACAGGAGAGCUCAGAAAUCCACAAUACAGUUGUGCAAGUGCAUGAAUUACUCGAGCCGUACUUUUUUUUCUUUUAUGUUUAUUAUCAAUAUUAUUUGUUGGGUAAUAAUAGCAACGCUUUCCAUGCUUCCGUUAACAAAGUCGUGCCAAAGUGUUCUCCCAAAGGAAUUUCUCCCGAGACGCGCCGUUACGCUUUCAGUUCGUAUACCGCGCUAAAGGAAACCAAUGCGUUCCGGGGGCCACCGUCACCGCCUGUCCCCUCCCCUCCUUCCCCCGCGCCUGUUCCUUUCUUCGACGCGGCCAAAAGCGUCGGGCCCAAGGCGGGGUCUGCGGUGGGUGGGGGAAGGGGCAGCGGG